AUGCCGCCGAUGAGAGGUUUCUCGCUGCGGCUGAAGUUGUCUGCAGACUGCAACCUACUUCCUUCAUACUUCUUGCUGCUGGUGCUCCAUCUGCUCAGCGGUGGCGGUCUCCAAGACAUUCGUUUCACAGUGAGCCAAUGGCGCCGUUUGGCGUGGUCGCUGACGUCCUCAAGUGACACCACCUUGCCAAGCAUGGAGACCUCCAUCAGGAACGUGGAGGCAGCCGCCGAAGCGUAUAAAACUCAGGGCAAUCAGGCAUAUGGCAGCAAGCGGUUCUCGGAAGCAGUUCGCCUGUACACCGAGGCCCACAAUGUGCUUCCCAACGAGCCGGUGUUCCUCUCGAACAGGGCUGCUGCUCACUUUGAGACGGGGGACUACGCCGCCAGCCUUGCAGACGACUCAGCCGCCCUCGCUCUCCUGGACUCCGCUGACGUGACCGCUGACGUCAGCAAGGGGCUGCAGCUUCGGGAGAAAGUGCUGAACAGGGCGCGGCGGGCGGCAUUGCAGCGGAAAGAGUGGGGCACGUGCUUGAGAUUCUGCGAACUGCUGGAGAAGGUGGAGGCGCGCCUGGGGCGGCAGCAUUGCGUUGGGGCCGAGACCCACUUUGGGCACUACCCAGUGGGACACGAGGAUCCGGAUGGGCUGAUCGGAGCGUUUGGGGCGGUGGAUGGGACCGGGAUUGAGCCGAUUCCAAUUUCAGAGCUGGCAGAGUUGAGCUCGGGCGAGAAGCUGAAUGUCCGCCUCUUGUUCGGCGCCUGCGGAGACCCUCGCCACGUCAUGCAGAGCUUCUACGAGCUCGAGUCGCAUUUGACGGCUCAGUAUAAUCUUGAGGAGGGUUUAGAGGAAUGGUCAGAAGUUGGUUCAGAGGAGAAUUUAGAGGAGGGCUCAGAGGAGGGUCUAACUGCAGAUUCUGGAAAGGCUUCAGAGAAGGGUACAGAGAGUGACGGUGAGGAAGGCGCAACGCUGUGGGAAGGCGUGUCAUUGAUUUGUGACAUGAACGAUCUCGACGUGCGCAUCCUGGCCCGGAACGUACUCAUGUUGGUGCUGCUACGGGACGUCGGAACGCAGCCCGGGUGCUCAGAGGACGGGGGUGCGGUGCUCGACAAACUGCGGUGGCAGAUCAAGUACGUCGACAUGAUCGAGACGAUGGAGGAAGGGGACAGCACAAAGAACGUCACGCGCAAGUACGUGAAGGCGUGGGAGGAUGCGCAUCCUGGGAGGGACUCCAAUGACUACUUCUCCGAGGACUUUUUCGUGGGGACCCACUUUCAAGAGCAGGACGUUCUUUCGGGGGAACUUCUCUACAAGGUGUGGCUCAGUUGCAACCUGACCGCCGCCGAGUCGACGGCACUUACCGAAACCCUAAACUCGCUCGUCGCCGCCUCACGCUCCCUUGCUACGUGGCAGACCGACCCGCAACUCCGCUGGAUCGAAUUCCCAUCCGAGCACUCCCUCGCUGCGGCGCGCACGCUUUGGCGCGUGUGGAGAGACUUCGGACGCACGGGGGGAGCGUCCGUUGCUCCGGAAGGGUACAAACCGCAAUUCGAUCCGUUCGGGCGGAUGCGGACGGAACCGGAGGGGUUCGGACGGUACAAGCUGCGGCACAUGGUGGCCGCGCUGCGUUCGGACGCGCCGAUGAUGAGGAUGCGCAACGGGCGGGACGAAUUCAACAAGGGCGCGCGGGUGGAGAUGGACAGCUGGCGGCGCACGGGGGUGACCGCAUCGUAUGCUGACGUCAUGGCCGGCAGGACGGGGCUGAAGGGAAUGCCGCCCAACCCGACGAUGCUCAAUGAGAUCACUCCGGACGGCGAGUUCGUGGCCAAGGACCCGGCCGACAACCCCUGGAAUUUCGGCCCCGAGUCGCUCUUCUACAACGGUGGCCCGUUCGCCCUCGCGCCGAACCUGCGGGACCUGCCGGAUGCGCUGCGCGGUUUCGUUGGCAUGACCAGCCUCCAGUUCUACAUCUGGGCGCAAGCGCUCGCGCGGCUCCUCGGCAGAGGCGCCGACGUGCGCGUCAGGGUGCUAUGUGGCGACAUCUGCGAGGCGGCCGGUGGGGCGCGCGAGCGCGCGGGUGGGGGAUCCCCCUCGGACGCUCCGACUGCUGGCGACGGGGCCGACCGGAACAGUCUAACGGGCAACCAUCUCAAACCCCCUCCUGCAACUGAGCCCCGACAGGGGCAACCGGUUCAAGUGUUGACCGAAGAUGCAUCUACUAGCUCAUCACAGGAGGCGCAACGGAAGGUUCAAUCUGACGGCCGGACGGGUGUAAACCCCUCCCCUCCACACGCGUACGACCGCAUUCACACCACCAACGUUAUCGACUACGUCGGCCCGCUCAACGUGCUCACCGGAAUCGGGUCGCAGCUCAAGCCGGACUGCCGACACGUGGCAAUCAAAACAAAUGUGCUGCUCAACCUGGGACUUUACCUCAAGCCCGACAGCCCGACACGUGUCUUCGAUCUGGACCACUGGCUGCGCCGGGAGCUGCUUCUCUCCCGCCGGGAGCUUCUCGACUUCCUGGGAUACACCGUAAACGUUUCCCCACACGAUUUGGCGGAUCCCACGUAUUUGGUGCCCACUCUGGGCACGGAGCCGCCGCUUGCCGGGAGCGCCCGCCUCGCGGAGUGGCUCGAGAAGACCCUGGUUAACGUAACCCUGCCCCUGGUUACCGAGGAGCCGCGCCGAACCCCCGGCCGCGGGUGCUCGGUGCUCGAGCCACGUGGCCACACCAUCGCGACGUUCGUGAACCUUUUGCGACACCUGGUGGAGCGGCGUGGCGCGCGCGCGCACUGGGUGGCGGAACGGACGGAAUCCGCGCUGCAGAGACCGGAAGUCUGGCGGACUGACCUCGCCGUGGCCGUUUCCCUCGCGCUCCCGUCGCUGCCGUUCGUUCCGGCGUCCCCGGCUCUCUUUCCGCUGAGUUCCCUGGUCCGGCACAGUCUAGCCGUUCCGCUCUUUCCGUGGGCGGUCAUCGCCGGAACGUUUACGGGCAAUCCGCAGCUCGCGCUUGUCGUAAUCGAGCCCGAGAAGAGCAAUGAGUCCCUUUCCCCCGAGGACGUCAAAUAUCAGCGCAUGACAGACGCUUCUGGGGACCGGCUUCGGACAAUGCUCACGGAAUCGCGCCGUGGGGUGCACUUGUUCUCGAGUCUAGUUGUGAGAAAACCGGACAAGGGCCACGUCAGCCAAGUCGAGGUUUGGCUCCCAAAGAAGUGGGUCGACGAAGGAACGGGAGAGGCGCUUUUGUUGCGGAUCGACAGGUAUGAGUUUGUGAGCCGCUUUGCAGAGUUGUAAAGUUAAGGUAAAGCAGAAGGGUCCGAAAUCUCUGCCAAGGGUCUGGCAGGAAGUGUCUGGUUUGGGGCCGGUUAGUAGUAGAAGCGGCUGAGUCUGACUUACUCGUUGAAUCUGCUAGAGACCGGCAGGCAAAGCAAACCUUGCAGUUAUGCUUAGCGCCUUGACAUCGCAUAAUUGGUUAACUCGUAGAUCGCAAAUUGACUCAUAUUCAUUAUCGUGGUAACAAAUUACAUUAUACUGACUUGAUCUUGGAGUGAUAGUAAGCGGAUGCUGUAAUUCAGCGAUGCAGUCGAC